GGCUUCCUCAUAUUCCAUUCAUUUGGUGGUGGUACAGGUUCUGGAUUCACAUCUCUGCUAAUGGAACGAUUAACGGUUGAUUACGGUAAGAAAAGUAAGCUGGAAUUCUGCAUCUACCCAGCACCUCAGGUUUCUACUGCAAUGGUCGAACCGUAUAAUUCCAUUCUCACAACACAUACUACUCUUGAACAUUCGGAUUGUUCUUUUAUGGUGGACAAUGAAGCCAUUUAUGACAUCUGUAGAAGGAAUUUGGACCUGGCACGACCCACUUACACGAAUCUAAACCGUCUGAUUGCUCAGGUGAUUAGCUCGGUCACCGCUUCAUUACGCUUCGAUGGAGCUCUAAACGUUGACCUAACGGAAUUCCAAACAAAUCUCGUGCCAUAUCCUCGCAUACACUUUCCUCUGACCACCUACGCACCGAUUAUCUCUGCAGAAAAAGCAUUUCAUGAGCAGAUGACGGUUAGUUUGAUAUUUCAAAUAUUUGAAACAUUUAUGCGUUUCCUGAAUGCUAGCGCAAGACCGACACUAGGUAGAUAG